UCCUUUUUCAAAUCCCGGCGCCCGGACGUUGCUCAGUUCCCAGGAAGAGACUAGUCCGGUCUCUCCGGCUGGGCGGGACGGUCGCCCCCGUCAGAGGCCUGGGUGGAGAGCGGGGAUACUGAGCUGCGAGCUUCGGUUUUUGCGGUCGUCGUGGAAGCACCGGUGAGAGGAGGCGGGCGUCCAGGACCCGCAGCUCCCGAGUCGCGGCCCGGCCGUCAGGUUUUGGCGGGACAGUCAUGGCGUCUCAGCCGAAUUCUUCCUCGAAGAAGAAGGAUGAGAAGGGAAAGAACAUCCAAGUGGUGGUGCGAUGCAGACCAUUUAAUUUGACAGAGAGGAAAGCUAACGCCCAUUCAGUAGUAGAAUGUGACCCUGCACGAAAAGAAGUCAGUAUACGGACUUCAGGGUUGACUGACAAGAGCUCAAGGAAAACAUAUACUUUUGAUAUGGUUUUUGGAGCAUCUACUAAACAAAUUGAUGUUUACCGGAGUGUUGUUUGUCCUAUUCUAGAUGAAGUUAUUAUGGGUUAUAAUUGUACCAUUUUUGCAUAUGGUCAAACUGGCACUGGAAAAACCUUUACCAUGGAAGGUGAAAGAUCACCCAAUGAAGUAUAUACCUGGGAGGAGGAUCCUUUGGCUGGUAUAAUUCCACGUACCCUUCAUCAAAUUUUUGAGAAACUUUCUGAUAAUGGUACCGAAUUUUCAGUCAAAGUGUCUCUAUUGGAAAUCUAUAACGAAGAACUUUUUGAUCUUCUUAGUCCAUCUACUGAUGUUUCUGAGAGGCUGCAGAUGUUUGAUGAUCCCCGCAACAAGAGGGGAGUGAUAAUCAAAGGUUUGGAGGAAAUCACAGUACACAACAAGGAUGAAGUCUACCAGAUUUUGGAGAAGGGGGCAGCAAAAAGGAGAACUGCAGCGACUUUGAUGAACGCAUACUCUAGUCGUUCGCACUCAGUUUUUGCUGUUACAAUACAUAUGAAAGAAACUACAAUUGAUGGAGAAGAGCUUGUGAAAAUUGGAAAGUUGAAUUUGGUGGAUCUUGCAGGAAGUGAAAAUAUUGGCCGUUCUGGGGCUGUGGACAAGAGGGCUCGGGAAGCUGGGAAUAUUAACCAGUCCCUGCUGACUUUGGGAAGAGUUAUUACUGCUCUUGUGGAAAGAACACCUCAUAUUCCUUAUCGAGAAUCUAAACUGACUAGAAUCCUGCAAGAUUCUCUUGGGGGCCGUACAAGAACAUCUAUAAUUGCAACAGUCUCUCCUGCAUCUCUCAAUCUUGAGGAAACUCUCAGUACAUUGGAAUAUGCUCACAGAGCAAAGAACAUACUGAAUAAACCUGAAGUUAAUCAGAAACUCACCAAAAAAGCUCUUAUUAAGGAGUACACAGAGGAAAUAGAGCGUUUGAAGCGGGAUCUUGCUGCAGCCCGUGAGAAAAAUGGAGUGUACAUCUCUGAAGAAAAUUUCAAAGCCAUGAAUGGAAAAUUAUCUAUUCAGGAGGAACAAAUUGUUGAAUUGGCUGAAAAAAUUGGUGCUCUUGAGGAGGAGUUAAGUCGGGUUACAGAGUUGUUUAUGGAUAAUAAAAAUGAACUUGACCAGUGUAAAUCUGAUCUGCAAAAUAAGACACAUGAACUCGAAACCACACAGAAACAUUUGCAAGACACUAAAUUACAACUUGUUCAAGAAGAGUAUGUUACUUCAGCUUUGGAAAGAACUGAGGAAAAACUUCAUGAUACUGCCAGCAAGUUGCUUAACACAGUUAAAGAAACCACAAAGGAUGUAUCUGGUCUUCAUUCCAAACUGGACCGUAAGAGAGCAGUUGAUGAACACAAUGCACAAGCUCAGGAUAUUUUUGGCAAAAACCUGAAGAGUCUGUUUAAUAAUAUGGAAGAAUUAAUUAAGGAUGGCAGUGAAAAACAAAAGGACAUGCUAGAAGUUCAUAAGACUUUGUUUGGUAAUCUGAUGUCUUCCAGCAUCUCUGCAUUAGAUACCAUUACCAUGGCAGCACUUGAAUCUCUCACAUCCAUUCCCGAAAGCGUGUCGGCUCAUGUUUCUCAGAUUUCGAAUAUGGUGUUAGAAGAGCAAUCAUUAGCAGCACAAAGUAAAACUGUACUGCAAAGAUUGAUUAAUGAGUUUAUGACUGACCUUCUCAGUUCCCUGAAGACAAUCUUAUCCCCCAGUGUGCUGUCCAUAUUGAAAAUCAAUAGACAACUACAGCAUAUUUUCAAGACUUCAUUGACAGUGUCUGAAAAGAUAGAAGAUCAAAAGAAAGAAAUUGACAGUUUUCUCAGUGUAUUGUGUAACAGUCUGCAUGACCUCCAAGAAAAUACAGUUUCUUCUUUGGCUGAGUCACAAAAGCAUUGUCAAAAGCUAAAGGAAGACUUGAAGACAGUAAAGCAAACGCAUUCACAGGAACUUUCCCAGUUAAUCAAUCUCUGGACAGAGAGAUUCUGUGCUUUGGAGGAAGAGUGUGAAAACAUCCAGAAACCACUUGAUAGUAUUCAAGAAAAUACAGAGCAGAAAUCUAUAGAUAUAAUCAAUAAAACAACUGUUCACAGUAAAAAAGUUAUUACUGAUUCUGAUGGAUUAUCACAAGAACUAAAACACUGUAGCCAGGAAGGCACAACAUUGGUUGAAGAGUCUGUAAAACACUGUGAUUCACUCAACAGUAACCUGGAAACUCUGUCUCAAAGGACUACACAGAGGUGUGAGUCUCUGAACACAAACACAGUUUGUUUUUCUGAACAGUGGGUAUCUUGCUUAAGUAAAAGGAAAGAAGAACUUCAGAACUUAACAGAGGUUGUAAAUCAAUGUUGUGAAACUUCAAGUUCAGAGAUCACUGAAAAAUUUAGUGGACAUAAAGCAGCUCAUGAGAAGGAGCACAAUACCUUUGCUGUUCAUAUAGCCACUGAUGAAGAAAAAUUGGUGGCACGAAGUCUACAGCUUGAUGAAACUAUAAAAACUGGUUUGACAAAGCUUAAUUGCUUUCUGCAACAGGAUCUGAAACUGGAUAUCCCAACAGGUAUGACACCAGAGAGGAAAAGUUAUUUAUAUCCAUCAACACUGGUGAGAACUGAACCUCGGGAGCAACUCCUUGAUCAGUUGCAGAAAAAACAGCCCAAGCUGUUAAUGAUGCUGAACUGUUCAGAAAACAACAAAGAGAUCAGUGAGGACAUGGAUGAAGAGGAGGAGCUUUUGGAGAAAUAUACUGAAGAACCUUUAAGUCAAGAGCCAUGUGUGCACACCAGUGUGGAUUGCUCUUCAAGUGGUGGUAUUCCUUUUUUUCAGCAUAAAAAACCACCUGGAAAAGAUAAAGAAAACAGAGGCAUUAACCCAGUGGAGAGGUCUAAAGUGGAAGAAACCUCAGAGCACUCUGCUACAAAGAGCAGAUUGCCACUACGAGCCCAGAUAAAUCUCUAAUUGGCUUGAGGGUCAAGAUUAUUUUUUAAGAAAAAUAAAAAAUACACCUGACACCCCAGAAUUUGAGCUUCUGUACGGAUUGAAAUGGAAUAGAGUAUAUCAAGGCAAUACAGUAAAUGUAGUUGAAUUUAAUGUCCCCCUUUUUUUUACUCCAUGUAGUUCAAGUAUUUAGUGAGUUGUUUUUCAUUUGGUGUUUAUAUUGUGUUUUAACUUCAUGUAAAGUAGCCCUUUUAUAACAAAUGAAAAGUAUUUUUCUUGUAUAUUGUUAAGCGUUACUCUUGGCUUGGACUUCAUGGUGACUGUUGUUAGCACUUGGCCUUGGAAAGGGCCGUCUUUAUUCUCUUGCUAUGACUCAGUUCUAUAUUUUCUUUCCUCUAACUAGAUUUUUCUGUUUUGCCUUCUCAGCUCACUUCUCACUUUUUGUCACCAAGCCAUUUGUAGAGCUACAAAAAGUUCUUAUUAUGAGAAAUCUGGGAUUUUACCUAGAAAUCUUAAGCAUGGUUCAGUGGUUAUCUCUAAAAUCAUUGUCAGUAAUAAACAAAACCCUUGGAAGCACUCUUCCUCAGUAUUUUCAUUUGCUUUUCCUUCGACAUGAAAACAUUUCAUUCCUUCAUGGGGUCUCACACAUGGAAUGUUAGCUUCCAGAGUUCACCCAAGGACAGCUCCCCAGACCAUAACCUGCUGUUCAGGAGCCCUGCCUACACCUUUGAUUCUUGCUUUGAGGAUCCACUUUGAGGAUCCACUUUUUUCUUUUAGAGAAAAGACUCUUUUUUAGACUACCAAUUAUGACUAUAUAUUCUUUUAUCUGAUAAAACUAUUGUUCUUUGUAUAUAAUAAAAUGUGAAUAUCCAUAUAUUUCUGCUAAAAUAUUUUUAAGUUUAUUUUUUGUAUAUGAGUGCUUGCCUGCAUGUAUAUAAGUGCACCACAUGCAUGCAGUACCUGUGGAGGUCAGAGGAGGGUGUUGGAUCCCCUGGAA